CCCAAAUAUCUUUUUUGUUAGUAAAAGGCCCUAGCAUUUAGAAGUGAGUUUCGUGAGCCUCGAUCUUUCCGUUCAACAGCGACAAUUAAGUCAGAUACUCUCUUCUGCUCCUCCUCCGAGCUCCCACCUUCCCGCAGAGCCCACCGUUGUCACUCGGAUCUUUCCUCACCCAACUAAACGAAGUAAUUAUGUCAGAUGCGCUGAUAAGCGGCCUCGCCGGAGCCGGUGGCGGCAUCAUCGCUCAGCUAAUCACCUAUCCGCUUCAAACUGUAAAUACGCGACAACAAACGCAGAGAGAAUUGAAGGAGGAGAAGAAGAAGCAGCUGAGUACUAUUGAACAUAUGUGUCAGGUUGCUAGGCAAGAGGGCUGGGAUCGGCUAUAUGGCGGCUUGGCACCGUCGCUGGUCGGAACCGCGGCUUCUCAGGGUGUCUACUACUACUUCUAUCAAAUAUUUAGGAACAAGGCUGAAGCUGCUUCCCUUGAGCGUAAAAGGAGGGGGAUUGGUGAUGGAUCAGUUGGAAUGUUAUCAUCACUUGUAGUAGCUGCUCUAUCUGGGUGUGUUAAUGUGCUGCUGACUAAUCCCAUAUGGGUAGUUGUCACCCGCAUGCAGACUCAUUCAAAACAAUCUAAAAAUAGCUCAAGUGGAGCUAUGAUGACAGAGGAUGUGAUUCCCGUAGAAGAUGAACCUCCUCCUUACGGAACUACCCAUGCAAUAAAUGAAGUAUAUGAUGAAGCUGGAUUUUGGGGAUUCUGGAAAGGUGUGGUCCCGACAUUGAUCAUGGUAAGCAAUCCAUCCAUACAGUUUAUGCUGUAUGAGACCCUCUUAAAAAAUCUAAGAAAACGACGUGUUUCCAGAAAUACAGUCUCUGAUGUCACUGCUUUGGAGAUAUUUUUGCUCGGAGCAUUGGCAAAACUUGGAGCUACAGUCGUAACAUAUCCUGUGCUUGUUGUGAAGUCAAGACUUCAGGCAAAGCAAACUCUUGGGAGUGAUAAAAGACAUCAUUAUAAAGGCACAUCGGACGCCAUCAUGAAAAUGAUGACCCACGAAGGUUUUAACGGAUUUUACAAAGGGAUGAGCACAAAAAUAGUACAGAGUGUUCUAGCUGCUGCCGUGUUAUUCAUGGUGAAGGAAGAACUUGUGAGAGGUGCUAGACGGCUAUUAACUGGAGUUCCUUCCAACUCUAAGUGACCGGCCAUUGAUUCACCUCUAAGCUCUGCCAAGGAACAUAUAUUUACAUAUUUAAUAUCCAUAUAUUUGUUAUUCAAGUUUAAGCAUUCAGGAUCGAAGAUUACUAUGGAUCAUUAAUCCUAGAGCCUUGUCACUGGAAGGAAGAACAAAAAAAGCAAACAGAAAAGAAAGUAUCAUCAAUGCACUCUGUUUGGGUUGGUUUAUACAUUGUUAACAGAGUAAAGGUAAAAUGGACUUAAUUUUGUUUGUCACAUAGUCCUUGUGAAUUGUAUUGUACACGUAGCUUUUUAUGUCACAGACUUGAACACAGCCAUUUUAUUUUGUUUAAAUUUAUCAUGUCAGAGUUGGGCUCUGUUAAAUAAUUCGUAUAUGACAAAAACUAUUAUUAUGAUUUAACUAUCACCAGUGUAUAAUUUAGUGAGCCUUUAU